CCUUACGUGCUCUUAUCCCCUCAAAAUGUGACGGAGCUUGUGCUUGGGCAGAAGCUGCAGAGCCUUGGGGUUCAAGUGCAGCGCCCGCACAGGGUUGUUGGCAUGAAACAGAACGAGGAGGAUCGUCGUGUCACCGACGUCUCGUUCGAGGAUGGCCAAAUAGUCAGAGCCAGGUAUAUCAUCGGUGCAGAUGGCGCCCACUCAACUAUCCGUACCAUCACCGGCAUAGGGUUCUCUGACCCAGAAGGCCCCGACUUAUGCAAUCAUGUACUGACGCAAAUGGUCAGUGCAGAUGUUACGUUCGAGCCCGAACCUGUCGGUCUAUUAACCAUCGAGGGCCACAUCAAUAUCAUAAUUUCCCCAGACGGUUUCCUGAUGCUCACACCGUUCGGCAACCGGUUUAAUUCCGAGCUGACGUGCGAUGGAAAUCCUGUCACAAAAUCCAUCUUCCGUAUAAUUUCUGCCGUACCGGUGAAGAACGGAGACCCGCCCCAUGCGCCACCGAAGGAGUACGUCCAGAAAUUGAUCGACAUGUAUGGCCCAGCGUGUACAACAUCGGAUUCGUCCCUCAAUCCGACACCCGUCAAGGUCGACCAGCUGGUCUGGUCGACACGUUUCAGGACCCAUUCAGCUAUCGCUGACCGCACGUUCACGCGUCUUGGUGCUGCUAUUUUCCUAGGCAUGAACCUGGCCAUCAGGGACGCGAUCUUCUUUACAGAAGCCAUCACAAAGCACAAAGUGUUUGCAGGAGAUUCUGAUGCGGAUGAUCCCAUUUUGCAGCCAUGUGCGCAAGUGCGUGACGUGCGUGACGUGCGAGCGCUGGAGAUCAUUGGCUUCACCAAGAAGCUUUUGAACCUCGUAAGCCUUACACAUGAUAUUCAGGCCUCUAUCCGUGAUCUGGUGUUAAGCAUAUUGGGCAGAUUUGAUUUUGUGCGGUCGAGCGUUGCAUGGAGCCUGAGUGGGCUUGGAAGACGAUAAUCUCGUAUUUUUAAAUGGCUUGGUUGACUGUGCUUCAUUUCUACUUUGCAUACUAUACGCGUAUCCUCUCUAUAUUUUUCUAGACAUAAUAGUUGCAUAACAGCAAUAUAAUAGCAUCA